UAAUAAACCUCUGAGAGAGCCAAGAAAAUAAAGUCAAAAAGGUUAUUAUUCCAAGACAGAGACGACUCAUCGAAAAUUAUAAAAACUAUUUAAAAUCGCAGUGGUGGUUUGGUCACACUUCGCCGGCGAUAUUUCCGAUCGUUCUCUCUCCCCCCUCUCUCUCUCUCUCUACAGUUAAGCAACCCUAUAACCAGUUUUAGCUCUCUCGUUUUUUCUUCGCUUUUUUAGGGUUGCUUAACUGUGUCUGUGUCACUGUUUCGGAGUUCUAAAAGAGUCGGUAUGAGUUGAUGAUAUCUGGUUAUGUUCUCUGUAUGAUAUUAAAAAAUGUUAAACUUUGAUUAUAUACUUUAUGUUAGCCGCAUGUGUGCUUCAAGUUAUUUGGAACUAUGAUUAGCUAGCUGGUUUUCUCUCUAUUUGUUUUUUUUUUUGUUUGAAGUUGAAUCAACUCUAGUUUGGAUUCUGAAGGUCUGCAUUGCUGCUUCGAGGACAGGCUUGUAGUGACUUUAGAAGAAAGCUUCAGAGAACAGCUGAGAGAUAUGUCUUUUUCUAAUCAAAGUUUUUGGAUGGGAAAGAGCUCUGAACUUCAUAAUGAAGGCAAGGUUGCUUCUUAUGAUAAUGCUUCUAAGCGUCCUCAUCAGUGGCUUUUGGAUGGCUCUGAGUUACUUCCAAACAAGAAACAUGCAAUGGAAGCUCCUACCAGCAACUUGUUCUCUGAAGUGAUCAACUCGAAUGUCCCGGCUUGGGGAAACACUUUCUGUUUCCAGUCUAGUCCUCCUGGUCAGUUUACUGAACGGUUGUUUGACACUGUAACUGCAAGCUCAGCUAAUAUUAAUGAUAAAAGCGUUCAUCCGGUUAACACUGAGCACUCUUUUGGUUUGUCAAUGGCACACACACUCGAGGAGGAUCCACAGGGUGGAGUCAGCUACGGUGGAAUCAGAAAAGUGAAAGUAAGCCAGGUGAAGGACUCUGAUAGUUUUGUAUCCACGACUAAUGCGUAUAGGGUUGAUGAGAAUGCCAUGUGCAUGGGUCUUGCAUUUGGUAAGGAAGAGGAGAACAUGAUCGCUGAAAGUUACGAGAGGGAGAGCAGUGUCUUUAUAUCAAUGGGGCAACCAUAUAGUAAGGGUGAUGAGAAUAUAUACAAUGAUAAUAACAGUUUUGCUUCUGAUCUUGCUUUCGACAAGGCUGACACUAAUUUAAUAUCCAUGGGUCAAGGUAGCAUAAGCACACUAGUAGGUAGGGAUGGUGUAUAUAACAGGAGCAGUAACGUUGUGCAAGAGUCUUGUAACAAGGGACAGAGUACACUCAUAUCUUUUGAUGCUAAUAACUCUGGCUACGAGUUCUUGAUGUCUCAGCCCACACCUCACUUAUCUGAAACUCCAACCAACGUGCUUGGUAAAGAUGCUACCUUCUCUAGUAUUGAUGUCUCCGUGAAGAACGAAGAAACAAAAGCGUCAAAGAAACUUCAGAGCAAUAGUUUCCCUUCUAAUGUAAGGAGUCUGCUGUCUACUGGUAUGCUUGAUGGAGUUCCAGUGAAAUACAUUGCUUGGUCACGUGAGAAGGAGCUUCAUGGUGUUAUCAAGGGCUCUGGGUAUCAAUGUGGAUGCGACUCGUGUAACUCCUCUAAGGUGGUGAAUGCAUAUGAGUUUGAACGGCACGCUGGUUGCAAGACGAAGCAUCCUAAUAAUCAUAUAUACUUUGAGAAUGGGAAAACCAUCUACGGGAUAGUUCAAGAGCUUAGAAACACACCACAGGAUUUGCUGUUCAAUGUUAUCCCAACAAUGACUGGCUCGACCAUCAACCAAAAGUCUUUCCGUUUAUGGAAAGAAUCCUAUUUAGCUGCUACACGGGAGCUUCAGCGUAUCUACGGGAAGGAAGAAGGAUACCUGCUCUGAAUAGUCUUUGCCAAGUCUUGUACUCAUUGUUGGUAAAAUUCAAAACCAAUGGAGAAUUAAUGUUUUUUUCCCCUUUCCAUUGGAUAAAUAAUAUGAGAACUGUUUCUAUUUUAUAUUUUUUACAUUCAUCAUAAACUAAAAAGAUGAAUGAAUAUAUAUGUGUAUAUAUUCACAACUAAUCACCAUUAUAAUUAUCCUAGAGAUGAAGUUAAUUUUCAGUU